GCUGUCAGGCACGGUGCUCCGUACGCUUUCUGUCGGUGAAACACACACCGAGUGAUGCGCGACCAGCCAGCACCAUCCCUCACAAACCCCAAGCGGAGGUGACUUGAUCAGCAUAUGAUAUUCUCCAGGUCAUCGCCUGGAGCAAACAGUAGAGCUGCUCUGCCUACCUACGGAUAUCAAAUCAAUCCAGUAACAAUGCAUGGCCUCUAAGCCGUCAACCAUGGCUCAUAGGAAGAGGCCGGGGACCAGCGGAGGAAACAGUAUGGCUGCUCCAGGCCCCGCCUCCUGCCCGACCCCUCAUCCUACAGAGUCAUGUGAUCUGAAAGCCCUCCCCCCAAGGCAACGCCCUGUCCGCUAUCCCAAAGAGCCGCAUGAUCCGAAACCCCUUCCCCGUUCCUGUAAGGCACAAUACUCUUCUCGCAAGUCUCAAGAUGUGACUCAUAGCCAUUCAGAAGUGGAUGUAGAUCCAGAGGUCGAUGUGAAGCGCUACAGCAACCAAGCAAAUGCAGAACUGGAGGACCAGCGGCCAGCAACACCCUCCACGCCGGAACAUGAACAUGACCAAGACGAUCACGACCGAGCAGACUUCCACGGCGGAGCUGACAGCCUGGAUGACGACUCCAGCUCUGACUACAUUAACAACACCUCCGAUGACGAGGAAGACUAUGAUGAUGGGCUGGCAGAGGAAGAUGAAGGUGUAACUUACUACAUCCGAUACUGCCCAGAGGACGACAGUUACCUGGAAGGAAUGGACUGCAGCAGCCAGGGAGACUGCAACCACAGCCACGGUCAGGGGAACUGCGUCACCAGCAUGCAGCCGGGCGGAGCCCACACUGAUGAAUGUCAGGAGGCAGUGGAAGGAUGGGCCGAGGAGGGAGAGGGUGAGGUGAGAGAGGAAGAAUGGGUGGAAGAGGAGGAGGGAGAGGGAGCAGGAGAGGGGGAGGUUCGCUGUGAGGUGGUGGAGCAAGAUCCGGAUGAGCAGAUAUACAAUGGAAGACCAGAACCCAUCCUGGACCACCACCAUCACCACCAUCUCCACCACCAACCUCCCAUGCAAGAUACCCUGCACCCCCGAGAGGAAGAGGAGGAGGCAGAGAGCGAGGAGUACUGCCCUAAUGAGGAGGAGGAUGAGGAAGGCGAUGAGGAGGAGAGACACGGGAGGGCCUUCACUGGAGACUACUAUGCCCCAGAGGACAAUGGGAACUCAGUGCGAGUCUCUCCGUACCGUAGCCGUAAGGUGCUGGUGGUAGAGGGCGAGACGGGGGAGGAGGCGGAGGAGGACAUUGACCAAAUAGUUGCAGAAAUCAAGAUGAGUAUGAGCAUGGGGAGUCUUAGCAGCGGCACUGACCAAAGCCCAGAGGAGCUGGCGCAGGACCCCGCACCUAGUGACUACCCCCACCCCAAACCUGACGCAGCCCCUUACCCACCAGCUCACCAUCGCCAUGACAGCAGGCCCAAGUCCCUGAACCUGCCCUCCAUGCACCACAACAACCCCGACCUCCAGAGGGGCAUCAAGCCACAUGCACGCUCCCCUGAGGACAGACAGAGAUGGCAACCGGAGCAGGUGAGCAAUGGCGCAGAGCAACCCAGAAAACAGCAGCGCUCCGACCUCAACGUUCCCCUGGAGAACAACAAUGUACCAGAGCCAACAAAGAAGGUUGCAUCGUUCCCCAGCUUUGUCGAUGUCCCAGGACCCUGCGAGCCAGAGGACCUGAUUGAUGGAAUUAUCUUUGCUGCUAACUACCUGGGCUCCACUCAGCUGCUGUCUGAGAGGAACCCCUCCAAGAACAUACGCAUGAUGCAGGCUCAGGAGGCUGUCAGCAGGGUCAAGAGGGUACAGAAGGCUGCCAAAAUCAAGAAAAAGGCGAGUGCAGACGGAGAUGCUCAAACCCUCACUGAGGUCGACCUGUUCAUCUCCACCCAGAGGAUCAAAGUCCUCAACGCAGACUCACAGGAAACCAUGAUGGACAACGCACUCCGCACUAUAUCCUACAUUGCCGAUAUUGGGAACAUUGUGGUCCUGAUGGCGAGACGCCGGAUGCCGCGCACAGCCUCCCAGGACUGUAUCGAAACUACGCCCGGGGCACCCGAGGCAAAGAAGCAGUACAAGAUGAUAUGCCACGUCUUUGAGUCAGAAGAUGCCCAGCUUAUCGCUCAGUCCAUCGGCCAGGCCUUCAGCGUAGCUUACCAGGAGUUCCUUAGAGCCAAUGGCAUUAACCCCGAGGACCUGAGCCAGAAAGAGUACAGCGACAUCAUCAACACCCAGGAGAUGUAUAAUGACGACCUUAUUCACUUCUCCAACUCUGAAAACUGCAAAGAGCUGCAGCUGGAGAAGAGUAAAGGGGAGAUCCUCGGUGUGGUAAUUGUGGAGUCCGGCUGGGGCUCCAUUCUGCCCACAGUUAUCUUAGCCAACAUGAUGAACGGCGGCCCCGCGGCUCGUUCUGGCAAGCUCAGCAUCGGAGACCAGAUCAUGUCCAUCAACAACACCAGCCUAGUGGGGCUGCCACUCGCCACCUGUCAGGGAAUCAUUAAGGGCUUGAAGAACCAGGUUCAGGUGAAAAUGAACAUCGUCAGCUGCCCUCCUGUUACCACCGUCCUCAUUAAGAGACCAGAUCUAAAGUAUCAGCUGGGCUUCAGUGUCCAGAACGGCAUUAUCUGCAGUCUGAUGCGAGGAGGCAUUGCUGAGCGUGGUGGAGUCCGUGUGGGUCACAGGAUCAUCGAGAUCAAUGGGCAGAGUGUGGUGGCCACAGCACAUGAGAAGAUUGUCCAGGCUCUCUCCAACUCUGUCGGCGAGAUUCACAUGAAGACCAUGCCGGCAGCCAUGUUCAGACUCCUAACAGGACAGGAGACACCUAUGUACAUAUAAACGGUGGCCAGGGACCGUUGCACAGGACAGGCCAUCAGCUGUGAUUGGUUAUCUAACGGAGCAAACCAAGCUGACCAGUGACCAGGGGGAGGAUCGCCUCUCCCUGUCAGUUCAUUUCUCCUUUUUUUCUUUUUCUUUUCUUUGAGCUGGUGACUUCCACUCUUCAUCAUCUCUCCUCUGUCUGUGCUUAACAUGCAAUGGCCAUUUUACUGACAUGAGAUGCUUUUUCCAUCUGACCAGCUGAAGAGACAGUGUGUGUGUCCAUGAGUGUGUGGGUGUGUGUUAUUUAUUUGUCCUGUCUGUGCUUCUGUGUCACUUCAGUGAGAUCGUGUGGAUGGACUUAUCGAGUGAAUGCGUCACAAUUUAUUUUUUUAUAUUCAUGUAAUGCAAUAUGAUACUUCUACUAUACUUCUUGUAUAGUUUCAUUUUCUUCUCUGUUUAUUUAUUUCUCAUGUAAAUACAUAUUUUGCUAAUAUCGCGAGUGAAGGCGGUCUGGUAGGAGGAGGAGCCACGGCUGCAUUGUAAAUAUUAAUUGAAUUUCGCUGUUGAUGAUGGCAAAGACACAAUUAAAUGCCGGAUGUCAAAGUAGUUUCCAGUGAAAAAGGGGAAUGAGUUAAGUGUUUGAAAUGUUGGGUUUAAAUAUGCUCCGUUGAUAUAAUGAACAUGUGAAUCAAACCAAUGCUUGCAGCAGGGGUUAACGGGAGAAACGCCAUAUCCUUUUGAUUUACUUCAUUUUACGGCAAUACAACCUCUGGAGUUUUUUCUAAAUCUCAUGUACAAACACUCACACACAUUCAAAUAACAAGCAACCGAGUGAAACUAUUAACAUGCAUCAAUUAUGCUUUUGAUAUCAAAGUCACGUGUAUGAAAACUGAAGUUUCUUUUGUGUGCUACUCUACUGUACGUUCAUCUUUAGUGUUCCUGACUGAAACUCUACUACGAGUGGAUUGUGAAUGUAACUGUGUCGUGUGAGCUGUCCCAUUGCCAUAAGCAGUAUUAGAAUGUCUGUACAUAAAGAGAAACUUGUCUAGUAUUGUGCUCAUGUUAAAAACAAAAAAAAAAAACAAAACACACAGGUUUAGUCACUGCAAACAUCCUCCCACCUGUAUGUUGGCUUUCAGUCUCGAGAGGGAAACGGAGAACUGUGAAUCACUCACUGUGACAGAAACGAGCCUUACCGCCAGGUAAAGCUUUUACAAUGCAUUGUAGUAAAUUUUAACCAUAUGAACAUUAUCUGUGUGCAUGCCUCGUAAAGUAGUUCCAUGUCAUUGUGGCAAGAUAAUAAAAUCUGAGCUGAACCUGGCUGGUUUUGUUGAACUGGAUCGAAAAAGGUUGGAUUUGCUGCAUGAAUGUGAUGCAGAGGGUUUCUCCUGUAAACAAAUGGACCUUCAUGAUUGGUCUGUUUUGUAUGAAAGCCCAUUGCUGUCAGGAACAGAAAAAAAGGAAAAAUAAAUGAAAAGUUGGACAUAAAAAAAUGAAACCACUUAUGGUA